AUGAGACUCGCCCACCUCCACCUCCCCCACCAGACGCCCUUCGCCCGCGUCUCAGACAUCCAACAAGCCCUCACAAGCCGCCUCCUCACGCACAAGAAGCUCGCCUCCCCAGGCUCAAUAUCCUCGCAAUGCAGCAAUCCAAGCUCAAUCUCUAAAACCCCACCUCCGCCUCCAGACCCAACCAUCAUAACCUUCACCCCAAACCCCGUCUACACCACCGGCCGGCGCGACCUCCCCCCAUCCAACACUCCCCCUCAGCAACAACCCUCUCCCUCCCCCCACCCCUCGAGCCAAUUCGCUCCCUCUUCACCGGCCACAAGGCCGAGUAUCACCCCACCCUACGCGCGAUUGGGCCUUACGCCGCGGUGCCACAUCCGCGUUCUAGAAAACAGCGUCAUUGAUCUCCUAGCUAGCUACGGCGUGAAGGGCUUUACGACUGAGGAUCCGGGCGUUUGGACCGGGGCUGGACCGAAGAAGAUCACUGCCGUGGGCGUGCAUCUCCGGCGCAACAUUAGUAGUUUCGGAAUUGGAUUGAACGUCACUGAUGAGCCGAUGUGGUUCUUCAAGCAGAUUGUGGCAUGUGGGCUAGAAGGCAAGGAAGCCACUAGUCUACAGGGUGAGGGCGUUUCCGCUGAGAUAGAUGAUGUUGCAGCUGGGUUUGUGAAGCGGUUUGUUGCACGCGUCAAUGCUGACUUUGCGUGCGGGGAGGGCGCUGGUGAGAAGAUUGAUGAGGUUUACCGGGUAAAGGAGGAAGAUCUUCUACCGGGGUUGCAAUAG